AUGGCGAAACCCAGCAGUGGCCCGGAAGGGGCUCCUUCCUGGUGGUGUCCCGCCCUGAAGCAAGAUGCUGGCUGGGACUUGGCGCUUUCUACUCCUCCGGGUCAGAGCUCCUCCUCGCCACCCCGGGCUCAGCAGCGCUCUACCCCGCGCCCCUUCCAACCUCGGCCCCGUUACCUACAGCCUUCGGGGGAAGGAGCGCGCGCUCACACCUUUCCGCCGCCUCGGGCUCCGUCCAACCAGAGAGAGGAGAGGCAGUCCCCACUCGGGUCGGGGCGUACAGGAAGCGAGGCGCGCGGCCUCUCGGCCAGCGCUCGACCACGUGGGACGGAGCGCAGCCGAUCAGCUGGCAUUGUCCGGGGCACAAGCGCCGCCCCCUUCCCCGCCCACCGGCGGAGGGAAGGAAAAGCGGGCGAGAGAGGCCGCUGGGGCCCCCCGCAGCUGUAUGUGGAUGAAAUGUUGACCUCAGGCAAAGAAGUUACGCAGCAAGCCCUCCUGCAGGAAGGCAAGGCCAAGUAUGCCCCCCGCUUGAAGGGCUUUGUGGAACUAAGCAAAACUGGGGUGUCAGGGGAACAAAUGCUAAAGAGAAAACAUCCAUGCUCUGAUUGUGGGAAGACAUUUUGCCGCCGUUCUGACCUUGUUCGGCACCAGAAACUCCACACGGGAGACAGACCCUUUACCUGUUCCAAAUGUGGGAAAAGUUUUGUUCAGAGCACCCACCUCAUUGCACAUCAGAAAAGCCAUACAAAAGAGAAGCCCUACAUCUGUCCUCACUGUGGGAGAAGCUUCAACCAGAUAUUAAAUUUCAGUAGGCACCAGAGAACCCACUCGAAGGAGCCGCCCUUCAAAUGUAGUGACUGUGGGAAGACUUUCAGCCGCAGCUCCAAUCUUAUAAUGCACCAAAGGGCACAUACUGGAGAACGGCCUUAUAAAUGCUUAGACUGCGGAAACAGUUUCAGCAGGAGUUCAACUCUUAUUACACACCAGAGAACCCACACAGGCGAGAAACCCUAUAAAUGCCAGGAUUGCUGGAAAAGUUUUGGCAGGCGUUCAACUCUUAUUAUGCAUCAGAGAAUUCACACAGGGGAAAAGCCUUAUAAAUGCCCUGACUGCCCCGAAAGUUUCAGUGUUAAAUCGGGUCUUCUAAGUCAUCAGAGAAUCCACAUGACUGAGAAACCCUAUCAGUGCCUAGAGUGUGGCAAAAACUUCUGUCGAAGUGCAGAUCUCAUUAUUCACCAGAGAAUUCAUACAGGAGAAAAACCAUAUAAAUGCAGUGAAUGUGGGAAGAAAUUCAAUACAAACUCACACUUGGUUACGCAUCAGAGAAUCCACACAGGAGAAAAACCUUACAAAUGUCCUGAGUGUGGGAAAAGCUUCUCAUACAGCUCGGUGCUUGUUGGUCACCAGAGAGUCCACACAGGGGAAAAACCUUAUGUCUGUGCUGAAUGUGGGAAAACCUUCCGUAACAAUUCACACCUUAUUACACAUCAGAGAGUCCACACAGGGGAGAAGCCUUAUGAAUGCCAUGAGUGUGGAAGAAGUUUCAGUGUGAGUUCAAACCUUAUUAAGCAUCGGAAACUCCAUAAAAGAGAUGCGUAAUUUACAAGUUCUGAAUGAAAACUGCAGCCACUGAUGAUCAUCC